AUUUUGUUUGGGGGGGGGGGGGUGUAACAUUACCUUCAAAUCCAUUCUUAAGUUUGGGGGGAAAAUUGCCAAGUAAAUGUAUUUGAAUGAUUUUCACAUGAAUCAAUAAUAUUGUGACGUCAAGAUUACACGCCAGUUUAUCACUGGCCUUAUCGAACAUUCUUUUGUCGUGUGACAUUGAUAUCUCUAAAAACGCUGACCUGAAUGCAUGCCUCCAUACGAAGGGAAAGAAUUUUUCAUAUUUCGAUUCUUCUGACCAUGGAAGGAGACUAAUGAGUAAUCUUUGAUAAUGUUCAAUAGGUUCAAAUGAUACAACUGUUUUGACGCACAAGUAUCUAAUAUAUAUAUUUUUAUUUUUUUUUACAGUUUCCGAAGUUUGAAAUUCCUGCGUUCAAAAAAUUACAGAGCGCGAAAUACUGUUAAUUGGUCCUCUAAGUAAACUGUAUUUGUUGGAGUACUUUUAAAAUUCAUUUUUGGCGUCCCUUAUCUGUAUACAUAUUUUAUCAAUGAUUAUUGAAUCUUUGACACAUUCCCUAUAUAGUUACUGAAGAAUUUCGUUAUCAGACGUACGAGGUUCGCUUAUAAAACCAUUAGACAGUCUGUAUUGUUUAUCGUUCUAUGACAUAUCCUUAAAGGGGUAACAUAUUAAUUUAUGAUGAACUGAUGGUUACAUGUGAAAUGUGGCUUCAGUAAAUAAGUAUGUUUGUCCUGUUUGGUACAUGUAUUUUUUUUCAAGAGCAUGCGCAAAGGUGAUAUGGCUACCCCAGAACAAAUGGUUCUGAUAAGAGAAUGUUUGUCGGAGGGCUUUUAUCAGUUCACCUGAAUGAGCUUUGUAUGAUUGUACAGAGGGAACUUACUCAUCAUGAAAAUAAAGGUUCUCUAAGAGUGAAAAUCUCUAUCAUGAGGAAGCAGCUUGUGGUCGUGCUUUCCAUAUGUUUCAUUAUCAUUGUUACACUAGUCUUGUUUCACACCAACCAGUACAACGCCAUGAAAAACACAGUGCUCCAAUAUCCCCCGAUUAGUGCCAUACGGGAUUACCUCAACCAUCAGAAUAAAACAGCGGAAUUUCUGGACUCAAUAAAGGGUACAAACAGAAGCAUCACAGUUGUCACAGCAUAUUUCAAUAUAGGACGUUUUCCUAAAGGAAAUCCAAGUCAAGUAAGGACAUCUGAGACCUACAACACGUGGAUGAAGACGUUUCAGUAUCUGAAAAAUCCCGUUGUGUUCUACACAGAUGAUAAGGCCUAUGCAGAUUUCUUUGUAGCACUCCGAAAAAACUCCUCUCUGCUUACAGAAGUAAUACAUAUUAAUCGAUCACAGUUAUGGGCUUUUAAAAUAAUUCCUAAAAUCAAGAAAAUAUACUCAACUCCUGGAUAUCCGCGCCACUACCCGAACACGAUUAGCCCGGAAUAUACAAGUUUAACCCAUUCUAAACAGCAGGUACUUGCCGAUACUGUGAAUAGACAUCCGUUCGAUACAGAAUUCUACUGCUGGCUGGAUGCGGGGUAUUUUAGGGACAAUGUUUACCGUGAGAGGAAAUUUUGGAUGGAGGUUCCAGAUGACUUCAAUAAAUCUCGCAUUGGUGUGACUCGCGUUUUCUACGCGGAUUUAGAAAAUGUAAAUGCGAGAAAUAUUAUAUUAAUGAAUAUAAAUUGGAUUGGCGGUGGACUCUUCCUGGGUAAACCAGAAGUAAUUCUAAAGUUUCACGAUCAAUAUAAAAAGGCUGUGAUGCGAUAUUUAAGUCAAGGAAUCAUGAAUGUAGAGCAGCAUAUUCUAUACGCCAUGUACACGAAAUCAGAGAGGAAAAAGUAUCCGAUAGAUGUGGAAGUACAGUUAUAUAUACCUGGACAGAAGCGAGUCAGGAACGGUAACCCGUGGUUUUAUCUGGGUUAUUUGAUGUAUAGGGAGGAUCCAAAAUAACUCUGAUAAUAUUGAUAUUUGUAUAAACUUGAAUUUGUCUUUCAGGGCCAAGGUCUCUUUCAUGUAUUACCUGCAGUAUUGUCUUAUAGAUGGAUAUUUUAUGAAAAUACCUGCAUAUUUUGUUUGCUUAUUUCAUCUUCAGAACUGUUUGAUGCAAUGUCCAAUAUAUGGUAAGGUCAUAACUUCGUCAUGCUUCUGAACUUGAUAUAGCUUAAUAUUUUGUGAAGAUAUGUACAUGUACGUAUAGCAUAGUGUUUAGUACUAAUUGCAGUGUAUCUUCCGCUUUUAUGCGCGUUGUAUCUUGACCGAAAUAUCGUAAAAAUUAAAGCCGUCUGUCUUCCAGCAGGCCUGUCUGUCAACAAAUCUGUCCUACUUAUCCAUUCAUCAUACAUGUAACUUCUACAAAGAUGAAGGAAUACAUGUAUACGUAAGAAAUACAUUUUAUUUGCGAAAAUGAUUGAGGGUAUGAACUGCGACGCUUCACGCCGGGAUACUCAAUGACGCGCAUUAGCGCUUAUGAAGGAUAUGCUUGCUGGAAGUGUUGCAGUUCAUACCCUCAUGUAUUUUUAAAAUGAAAUUUAUUUCUUAUAUUCACAUUCUACCUUCAUUUCUGUCGAAAUUUCCAGUCAUUCAAAUUGACGCACUCUAUCUACAUGUAUAAAGUAGUAAACUGUUCUGUAUUCAUGCGCGCGUAGUUUACAACUGCGUCGUGUUCAUGGGAAAAUGCAUAUCACUUCAAUUUGUAGAUAUCAAAGGCAAAAACAUUGGAAAUGUAAAUAUUGGUACAUGUAGUUAAAUUUGGUUAAAGUAAUAGCAAACAAUGCUAUUAGGGAAAAUAUUGAUAAUGCAAGUGAUCCGAAUCGUGCUUUGGCUUAAAUACUACUUAAAAUGUGCAAUUUCUAUGAUAAUCGUUAUAAAAGUAAAUAAAUUGAUAAGUAUUCUGAUUUUUGUUGAUGCAUUGUCUAAAUAUUGACCAAGUGCGAGGCUUUAGGUAUGGGAAAGCUAUUUGAAUCAUGCAUGGAGAAAAAAAAUUAUUUCUUAGGUGAAUUCUUUAGCAAUGUUACAGUUCGCUCGAACAUAUUUUUAUUGUAGGACAUCAAAUAGACUUCCAAUGUACAUUGUAUAAAAAUCCGUAGAUUUCUAGUUUAAUUGAACAAUGAACUUGAUUAUAUUUUAAUGACCAGGACCCAGUUGCACAAAAGUUGGUUAAGUUUUAUAACUAAUAGUUAACGUCUAGUUACAUGUAUCACUAUAUAAAUGUAAGAAUUAAUGACAAGUUAACUGUCUGUUAAAGUCAAUUAACUAACCUUCUGUAAAUCAUGCACUGUUUUUAAAAAAAAACCUGUGGAUUAGAGAGAAAAAGUGCAUUUUUGCUGAGUUGUUUAUUUGAAAUAUUUUCACAGUUAAUAUAUUUAUCACGGUUAAUAUAAUAUGUAUCAGUUAGUAUAUGUAUCACGGUUAAUAUAAUAUGUAUCACAAUUAAUAUAUGUAUCACAGUUAACAUAUGUAUCAUAAUUAAUAUAUGUAUCACAAUUAA